CGGCGGGAGGCGCGGGCCCGGGCGCUAUCUGGGACUUGCCUGUGCCGUUGUCCGCCCCCCUUCCCCGGGAGUCUCUGUGCGUGGGCUGGGGAGGGGGUAGCGGCGAUGUCCGUUGCGCCAAGUUGUGCCCCGAGCCGGAGAGCCCUGGCGCAGCCGCCGUGGCCUUUUUCCGCGGGUCGUUAGAGAGACAGCCGCCCCCCCGGGCUAGCGGGCCUCGGCGCUGGCGCGGUGCUAGCCCUUACUCUCUCCCUCGUCUCUCGGGGCGCCCCUUCGGCCCUGUUUUUGCCGGUUUUGCUGGCGGAGAGUGCCCGGCUGGUGCUGCAGUGCAGCCCGCUGGCGUGUGGGCGCUAAUGUGCGUGUGCGCAUAAACACCACUGUAGAAAGGUAUGGGGCACGGAAAUGAACAUGGCCAUGGCCAUAGCAAAAUGGAACUCCCGGACUACAGGCAGUGGAAGAUAGAAGGUACUCCACUAGAGAAGGUCCAGGAAAGGCUAGCUAAACGAGGUCUUAGAGAUCCAUGGGCUCGUAAUGAAGCCUGGAGAUACAUGGGUGGCUUUGCAAAACCUACCACCUUAACAGAAGUCUUUACUAGGGGACUCAAGUGGGGAUUUGCAGCUUUCGUCAUAGCUCUUGGCAUUGAAUAUACACUGUUUCCUCCAAAGAAGAAUGGAGGCCAUCACUGAAGAUCAAAUAUGACAAUUAAUUAUGAAUUACUAAGCUGAAACACACAUAAGCCUGCUGUUCACUCUGUACUUAUAAUAUGCAUAUUAAAGUCUAUCACAGGCAAAACC